AGGAACUAGAGAAUAUUCGAAGCAAUUUCUUUGUGUUUCCAUUGAAAAUGGAAAUGCGCAUGUCCAAUGCAAUUUAAUUUGAAUGCUGGCGCCACUCCACGCCCGCAAAUAGAUCGUGAUUGGCUCAAGGGCUGGACUGGGAAAUAUUUCGUCUGGCAACACAGCUGCCCAAUUGUCAAAACAAAAUGUCUUUUUCUUCGUGUUGAUUCUUCCCUGCAUAUUAUUUUUAGACAUUUUACGUUUUAUCCAAUGCAGUUUUUCCGGAAAGCUGGUUUGAUUUUAAUUUUGAGGUGAUAACCGGUGAAUAUGUUGAUAAGACGGGUGCACAGACGCGAAGUUUCACGGUGCGUAAGCCUAUUCGGCGCGGGGCACCGUCAGUUUUCGAGUCGCUUAGAUGCCCUGGAUCAUGAAGAGAAGCUGGACGGGUGCCUGGAGAAGCUGCCGUCGGAGGCGAAGGUGGUGAUAUGCGGCGGGGGAGUGAUGGGUGCGGCGGUGGCGUACCACCUGGCGAAAAGAGGCUGGGGCGACAAGACUAUACUUAUCGAGAAAGAGAAGGUCGGCGCCGGCAGCCGCUGGCACUCCUCAGGGCUCAUCGGGGCUUUCAAACCGUCCCUCGCCCAGGUCAAGCUGGCGCAGUCGUCCAUCAAACUCCUCGAGGAGUUGGAAUCAGCUGGACGGAACACGGGAUGGAAGCAGUGCGGGUCCCUGCUGCUGGCGAGGAAUAGGGAUCGCAUGACGGUGUAUAGGAGGAUGAAGAGUCAGUCCGUUUCAUGGGGCAUCCCUUGCGAGCUAGUCUCCUCUGCUCGCUGCCGGGAGCUCUGCCCCCUCCUGAACGUGGAGGACAUCUUGGGCGGCCUCUGGAUACCUGGCGACGGUGUGGCUGACCCCCAUCUAGUUUGCAUGGCGCUUAUUAGAGAGGCUGUAGCCAAGGGUGUCGGCGUGAUGGAGAACUGCUCGUUAACCGCCGUGCUCUCCAAAGACGACCGAGUGGCGGGCGUGGAAACCAGCCACGGGUCCAUACAGUGCGAACACUUCGUCAACUGCGCGGGCUUCUGGGCGAGACAGGUGGGUCAGCUAGCGAAGCCCCAAGUAAAGGUGCCUCUCCUGCCGUGCGAGCAUUACUACCUGCACACGAAGCCGAUUGACGGACUCGACCCCAUGACACCAGUGGUACGAGACCCGGACGGCUACAUAUAUAUGCGGGAGAGGGACGGCUGCAUUCUGGCGGGCGGGUUUGAACCUGUCGCAAAGCCUGUCAACGAGGAAGAAAUCGACACGGCGGCCCAAAGAUGCGUCCAAGAAGACUGGGACCACUUCCACGUGUUGCUGCAACAGUUGCUGCGCCGCGCGCCGAGCCUCGCGCAAGCGCAGUUGCACAAGCUGUGCAACGGGCUGGAAGCUUUCUCGCCCGACUGCAAGUGGAUCGUAGGCGAGGCGCCCGAGAUGUUCAAUUACCACGUAGCGGCCGGCAUGAAGACCGUAGGCAUAUCAGCGGCCGGCGGCGUAGCCGAGGCGACUGUAGAGCAACUGACGGACGGCUACACGCGCUACGACAUGCACGAGUUGGACAUCAACCGGUUCCUGGGUCUACACAACAACAAGCGCUUCCUGAGGGACCGGAUCAAAGAGGUGCCUGGGGUCCACUACGGCCUGCCGUAUCCGUUCCACGAGUUUCAAACCGGUCGUAAUCUGCGCAUGUCCCCGAUAUACCCCACACUGCGCGACAACGGGGCCGUGUUCGGCCAGGUCAUGGGGUACGAGCGGCCCACGUGGUUCGAGCCCGUCGAAAAAUCACCCGACGACACGGUAAAACCUCGCCCUUUCAAGAUCGCCUACACGAUGACGUUCGGCAAACCGCACUGGUUCGACACCGUGCAGCGCGAGUACUGGGCCUGCAGGGAGGCUGUGGGCCUCGCGGAUUACUCCUCCUUCACGAAGAUAGACCUGCAGUCGAAAGGGCGCGAGGUGGUGGACCUGCUCCAAUACCUGUGCUCCAAUGACGUGGACGUGCCCGUCGGCUCCAUCAUACACACGGGCAUGCAGAACGAGAGGGGCGGCUACGAGAACGACUGCAGCUUAGCCAGGAUAUCCGACAACCACUACAUGAUGAUCGCCCCGACCAUCCAGCAAACCCGUUGCAAGGUGUGGAUAAAGCGUCACCUGCCGCGCGACGGGUCUGUGACGCUGUCGGACGUGACGCCGAUGUACACCGCCAUCUGCGUGAUGGGGCCCUUCACCAGGAACCUCAUGUCAGAGCUCACCGACACGGAUCUGUCGCCGACCAACUUCCCGUUCUUCACGUUUAAGGAGUUAGACGUGGGUCUAGCGAACGGCAUCAGAGCCAUGAAUCUCACUCACACCGGCGAACUUGGCUACGUACUCUACAUACCUAACGAGUUCGCGCUGCACGUGUACCAACGCAUCAUGGCGGCCGGGGCCAAGUACGGCAUAAGCCACGUCGGCUACUACGCGUCGCGCGCGCUCCGCGUCGAGAAGUUCUUCGCGUUCUGGGGCCAAGACUUGGACACCACCACCACGCCUCUGGAGUGCGGGAGGACUUGGCGCGUCAAGUUCCAGAAAGACAUCCCGUUCAUCGGUCGCGCGGCGCUCGAGCGCCAACGCUCCGAAGGCAUCCGUCGGCAAUACGUGCAGCUGUUGCUGACGGACCACGAGCACGAGCUGGACCCGUGGUGCUGGGGCGGCGAGCCCAUCUACCGCGACGGCGUGCAGUGCGGCUCCACCACCACCACCAGCCACGGCUUCACCUUCAAGAAGCAGGUACAGCUGCUGCUGACGGACCACGAGCACGAGCUGGACCCGUGGUGCUGGGGCGGCGAGCCCAUCUACCGCGACGGCGUGCAGUGCGGCUCCACCACCACCACCAGCCACGGCUUCACCUUCAAGAAGCAGGUACAGCUGCUGCUGACGGACCACGAGCACGAGCUGGACCCGUGGUGCUGGGGCGGCGAGCCCAUCUACCGCGACGGCGUGCAGUGCGGCUCCACCACCACCACCAGCCACGGCUUCACCUUCAAGAAGCAGGUGUGUCUCGGCUUCGUCCAGAAUCUGGACGAAAAAGGCGUCGCGCAACGCGUCACCAACGACUACGUGCUUAGCGGACAUUACGAAGUGGACAUAGCCGGGAUCAGAUACGCAGCCAAAGUGAACCUGCAUUCGCCCAACCUGCCCACCAAGUACCCGGACAAGGAGCGCGACGUGUACCAGGCGACCAGGAAACACGACCAACAUCUCGGCAGGCACUACCAGCCCUAAUUAUACUGUGUUUGUUGCUGAAACUUGUCGG